AUGAGUGAUUAUGAUGUCAGUUUAAUUAAUGAUAGUGGUACAUGGAAAAUUCAUGUUGAAUUACCAGAUCAAUAUCCAUAUAAAUCACCAUCAAUAGGUUUUGAAAAUAAAAUAUUUCAUCCAAAUAUUGAUGAAGGUUCAGGUUCUGUUUGUCUUGAUGUUAUAAAUCAAACUUGGUCACCAAUGUUUGAUGUUUUCAAUAUAUUUGAAGUUUUUUUACCUCAAUUAUUACGUUAUCCAAAUGCAUCAGAUCCUUUAAAUGGUGAUGCAUCUUCUUUAUUAAUGAAUGAUAAAAAAUUAUAUGAACAAAAAGUUAAAGAUCAUGUUAAACGUUAUGCAAGUAAUCCAAAUUUAGGUAUUGGAGAAAGUGAAAGUGAAAGUGAUGAUGAAUUAAGUGAUGUUAGUUCUUUAAGUGAUGAUGAUGGUGAAAAUGAUGCUGAUGAUGGAAUUGAUGUUGAAGAUGAUGAUGAAUUAGAAGAUGAUGAAGUUGUUGGUGAAUUUGAAGGAUAA